AUGUCAGGACUCGACGUCGAGGCCCUCCUCGACUCUACAGCCGCCAAUAAUGUCAAAGACCGCGAGUCCCCUCGGGACGCCGAAGACCGCCAUCGUACCGAACGCUCUGAUCGUCGCGACAAGGACAAGCACCGUGAUGGCUCCCGUGACCGUGACAGGGACCGCAAGAGACGAGACCGCAGCCGAGACCGAGAACACCGCCGAGACCGCGAUGAGGACAUGAAGAGCCCAAGAAGCGAGCAUGGUAGCGCUAACGGAAGCCAUAGAAGCAGUAGGAGAAGAAGUCGCAGUCGUGACCGCGAGGACGACAGAAGACGCUCCAAGCGCGACGAUGAUUACCAUCGCAAACGCUCUCGAUCUCCAGAAUACGAUCGCUACUACCGACCCAGUGGACGAUCCAGGCGCGAUGAGGACGACCAUAGCCGCCGCGACCGAGACCGGGAUCGGGAUCGACGUCGCUCAGCAAGUCCAAGAAAACGUGUCAAGAGCAAAACUCCCGAGCCGCAACUUACUGAGGAUGAGCGUGACAGGAGAACUGUUUUCGUUCAGCAGCUAGCCGCUCGUCUACGCACAAAGGAGUUGAUUCAAUUUUUCGAAAAGGUUGGUCCUGUCAAUGAGGCCCAGAUCGUCAAGGACCGAGUCAGUGGCCGCUCCAAAGGUGUGGGCUACGUCGAAUUCAAGAAUGAAGAAUCAGUCCCACUUGCAAUUCAGAUGACCGGACAGAAACUUCUGGGAAUUCCCAUCAUCGCACAGCUCACUGAAGCAGAAAAGAACCGCCAGGCCCGCAAUCCCGAGGCUCAAAGCAGCAAUCACAAUUCCAUCCCCUUCCACCGUCUUUACGUUGGAAACAUCCACUUCAGCAUUACUGAGCAAGAUCUACAGAAUGUCUUUGAGCCUUUUGGAGAGCUUGAGUUUGUUCAGCUUCAGAAGGAGGAAGGCGGCCGUAGCCGAGGUUAUGGCUUUGUGCAGUUCCGUGAUCCAAACCAAGCACGUGAGGCCCUUGAGAAGAUGAAUGGUUUUGACCUUGCAGGCCGCCCCAUCCGAGUCGGACUCGGGAACGACAAGUUCACCCCCGAGUCAACCGCCAAUUUGAUGCAACGCUUCCAACCCCAGGGUCAGGGUGGCGGCUUCCAAGGUUCCUCAUUCUCAGGUGCCGGUGGCCGCGGCGCUCAUGCUGGUGGAUCUGGAGGCACUUUUGACCGCGCGGGUGGCCGUGAUAACGACAAAGGCACCGGCGGUGCAAGCGCUUUGGACGAUACCGACGUUGCUGGUGUGAAUUUCAGCAAUUACAGCCGAGAUGCAUUGAUGCGCAAACUUGCUAGGACCGACGAAUCGACCCCGGAUGCCGAUGCCAAGCGCGCAGCGGUUCCGGUCAAAAAGGAGAGUAGACCUCUACCUGUUAACGUCAGCCAAGCCAGCAGAUGCGUGCUGCUGAGGAACAUGUUUGAUCCGGCCGAGGAAGAAGGCGACGCAUGGAUCAAGGAGCUCGAAGACGAUGUCCGUGCCGAAUGCGAAGAGAAGUACGGCCAUGUUGUCCACAUCUCUCUGGACCCCAACACGGCAGGAGACAUCUACCUCAAAUUCGAGCGCGUCAGUGGAGGGGAAAAUGCUAUCAAGGGUCUCAAUGGACGAUACUUUGGCGGUAGGCAAAUCAGCGCUCAGCCAGUCGUUGACGCCGUGUACAGCAGUUUGUUCUCUAGGACCAAAGCACUCUGA